AUGGGGGCUAUUCAUACCAGUGGUCCAAAUGAAGUUAUAGUUAUAUCUGGUGGCUGUUGCGGCCGACGUCGUGUCCGCACUAUCGUAGGCGGUUGGACAUGGGCUUGGUGGGCAACAAACGAUGUGCAAUAUUUGUAUUUGAAUGUUAUGACAGUGCAACCAAAAUGCAGGCAUGUUGAAACGGCUGAGGGUGUGCCACUUAAUGUAAGCGGUGUGGCGCAAUGUAAAUUUAUGAGAUCCAAAAAAGGAAGCGAUUAUAAUAACGAUCAGGAUGAACAUUUGCUUCGAGCUGCCGAACAAUUUUUGGGAAAAACAAUAGAAGAGAUAGAAAAUACGAUAUUGCAAACACUCGAAGGGCAUUUGCGUGCGAUAUUGGGAACUCUUAAAGUUGAACAAGUGUACAAAGAUCGCGAAGAAUUCGCCUAUUUAGUACGUGAAGUUGCGCAAACCGAUGUCAAAGGUAUGGGAGUUGAAAUUCUCUCCUUUACUAUCGUAGAUGUUCAGGAUGAAGUAAACUAUUUGAAUUCAUUGGGCAAGACGCAAACGGCCCAAGUGAAACGCGAUGCCAAUAUCGGUGUUGCACAAGCCGAACGCGAUGCGGGCAUACGUGAAGCUGAAUGUGAGAAAAAUGCAAUGGAUGUUAAAUAUGAGACGGAUAUAAAAAUUGGUGGUAAUAGACGUAAAUAUCAGUUGCAAAAAUCACAAUUCGAUCAGGAGAUCAACAAAGCGAAGGCUGAAGCUGAAUUAGCCUACGAUAUAAAAUCGGCCGUAGUACAUCAGAGUAUAUGCAAUGAAAAGAUACAAAUUGAUGUGGUGGAGCGUCGUAAGCAAAUCGAAAUUGAGGAACAAGAAGUAUUACGUAUAGAACAAGAACUUAUUGGUACGAUGAGGUUGCCAGCUGAAGCAGAAGCUUACCGUGUACGGACUAUAACUGAAGGUGAAAAAUAUCAAACAAUUGAAUUAGCAAAUGCCGUAGCUGAUAAAAUACGUAAAAUUGGAAGCGCGGAAGCCCAUGCCAUCGAAAUGAUAGGUAAAGCCGAAGCUGAAAAGAUGAGCUUAAAGGCUAACGUUUAUAAAAAGUUCGGUGACGCUGCCAUGACAAAUAUGGUUUUGGAAUCUUUACCAAAGAUUGCCUCAGAAGUUGCUGCACCCCUGGCCAAGACGGACGAAAUUGUUUUAAUCGGUGGCAGUGACAAUUUCCUAAACGAUAUCAAUCGUCUCGUAGCUCAAUUGCCUCCAUCUAUAAAUGCCCUUACCGGUGUUGAUAUAUCCAAAAUGUUAUCAAAACAAGUCGGAGAUAGAGCUUAA